AUGAUCUCUCAUUUUUAUAAUAAGCAUUAUUAUAGUGCUCAUACCAGGCAGUUCAUUAGCAAAUCUUCAUGUGUUGACAGAUCUGCAUCUGCUAAUGAUAGUGAACUCAAUGUUAAAUCAUUGAUUGAGAACCUGAAGAAUGUCAUAAUAAAGAAAUUAUCUGUGUCAUGUGUGACUGAGUCUUUCAUGUUUCUCUCUGCCUCUUCUGCUGCUGCCUUUCAAUCUUCUACACCUGUCUCUGUGUCUGGUUCUCCCACUUCUGCUACUUCUGUUCCUGUGACUCUCACUUCUGCUACUUCUGCUCCCUCUGAUUUUACUGUCUCUGCUUUUGUUAUCUGCUCUCCCUGUUUCCAGGAGAUGUUAUGUAGACUUAAUGAAUCAUGUUUAUCAAGAAUCACUUCUCUUCUCAACAGUGUUGAGAUUGUAAAGAAAAUCAUUAUAAGUUUUGCUGUGUAUAAAGUUAUAAUAUUCACAGAUAUCAAGAAACUUUUCAUGACUGUUAAAUUCAAUAUUAUGAAGAAUAUUUAUGUUUUCAGAAGUGAGAACACAGAUGUUGUACUCUUUUACACCUGCGGGCAUGAGACUUUUGCUCUGAUGUCAGAGAUCAUUCUAAUCAAAGAUGAUAACACUGCUGAGACUAUUCUCUUCUACUCUUAA